AUGCGCAGUAGUACGGCAAGCAGAAGCAAGCAAGCAAGGUGUCAUCCUACAGCUGACGGGGCGGCAGCUGCGGCAAGGCCUACGACGGCCGCGAGAAAGACCGUCUUCAAAAUGCAGAAGACGACGCCUGUAGUGGCUGCGACGUUGUCGUCACCCAAAACGCUGCAGGCGCCCAAGGAGCCCAUCAUUACCAUCAUCUCGAGCGACGGGGAGGCCUUCUCGAUGAGCCCCAGCAGCAUCACCCACUCGCACCUGCUCGAAGGCGCCGUGCGCAGGUGGACGGAGGUCUAUCAAGCAAACGUGCAGGUGCCGACCGGCACAUUCGGCAGAGCUACAGGUGCGCUCUGCACCCCAACAGAUGCAAGCAACGAUGACGCCACGGCGGAUGACCUUGAGGAGACGCCAGAUGAAAACUACAUUGCCCGCUUCUACGAAGAAACUGCAAGUGAUGUGACGGCGACGAGCGGCGUAUUGGAGGAAGUAAAUAGCAGCGGUGCUGCCGGCAGCAGUGUCGCAGCAUUGUCGCUAGACAGAGACAUUGACGACGACGACACGACAUCCAGGCACCGGCAGGAGCGCCCGCGUGUGAUUCGAAAGGCAUGCGCCCAAUCCAAUGAAGAGGACGCGCAUCACCCCAAGAGAGGGGCGACGUCGGUGUCGAGACGAGCCGCCGGCGAUGCGACUAACAACGUGCGCGGUGUCGACAGCGGGGACACCGACUCAGACCGCACCGUCAGCCUGUUGCCGUCCUCUGCGGAAGGCUCUAUGUCCAACACAUCAAGCCCGCUCAAGCUGCACAGCAACGGCGGCACUCCCACGCGGUUCAGUGAUGCGGUAGGGGUAGUAACCGAGGUGGCCGGAGUCGCACCCCCCAACCAUGUGCUUCCCCCAGGCCCCCCCAUGCGGAUGCCGGCGUCACCGAAGCUGGCAGCAUCGUUGCGCCGCUCCCCUGCCGCACUCACCGCUCCCGCCAGCCGCGGAUCGCGUCUGUCUCCGUUGGCGCUGUUGGAUACUAACCAGUCGACACCGAGCGUGCUCAGCGGUGAGGAAGGCGAAGAAGGGGAAGAAGAACAGGGCAGCGGUGGGAGCGGUGCCGGUGCGGGAGGGGCUAAGCCACCUUCCCGUGACUCGCGCAACCUAGGAGAUGAGGGAUUAGACGACGUAGCAGUUACCUCGUCCUCCUACGGGUUACCGUCGCCGUCAGUGGGCCUUGCCACCAUCACCGCCUCUGCAGUGCCGAAUGGCCGAGGGCCGCCGCAUCACAAGGACCCAGUCGUCUCAAGAACGGCCGCUUUCGCCUCCCACGCGCCCUCCUCGCCUGGUGGCGGCCGCAGCAAGAACCGUCAGUGCAGCAGCACCGUUGUCCAGGUCAGUGCAGCCGAGGCGGACGACCACUUCGAUCAGACCGCCAAGGGAGAUGCGUGUAAGACGGGCACCGCGGCGGCAGCAGCAGCGAUAACCUCUACUGGAAGUGUUCGCAGUGGCGGCAGCCGUCCCAGCAAGUCCUCCACACCAUCCGAGUGGAACUCUCCCAGUAGCUGCCACCAACGCACUCCGUGCAUGACGGACGAGGACGACGUCGGAGCAAUGAUGAGCGAAGACGGAGUCGGCGCGAAGAGUAGCACUCCAACCAAGCACGGGCCAAGCCAAACGGAUUGCGUUGGCGGCUCCUCACUUGUCAACAGGCCCCAGCCCGCUCCUGGAGCUGGAGGAGGCACCACAGCUCCUCUGCCGCCCCCGACAGAGCGCACGCCGCUGACCUCUGCUACACACUUCACCGCGUCAGCCGGUGCGGCCGCGAUGGCUGCCCUAGCCACCAACACAAGCGGCGCCGACGCUGUGGCUGCAGACCCCCUUAAGAGCAGCCUCGUCUACGACGACGGCAUUUGCAUCACAUCGGGCGCCAUUGUGUUUGACCUCGUGCGGUCUUCCUCUCGCUGUGGGUCGCCGAGAUCCAGGGGAGCUGCAGCCGCGGCGCCAGUCGCCAAAUCGGUCGCUAGCGCCACCAGCGCACCACCCACAGCAACCGCUUCUACCGUCAGUAUCCGAUCCUCUACGCUGCUCGUGUGCAUCAAGUACAUGAAACACUUUGCAGAGACGGAGGCACAGGCAGCCGCUGAUAAAGCCGCAGCUGGUAAGGGCUGUAAACGCCGGCGCCGCAAGCUUCGGCGUAGCCGCCACGGCAAUGGAAGCAGCGGGGAUGACGACGAUAACGACAGCAGCGCGACGGGCUCCUCCUCCUCUUCCUCAAGGGUCAUAUCAGGGUCCUCCUCGAACAGUAGCGACAGGGACGACCACAACACUGAGGAAGCUUCCACGGCCAGCGACUCAUCCUUCAAUCCAAUGUCCAUCGAAUCGAGGUCAGAUGGGGAUGCGGCGGGGAAGGGCUCCCUAGCUGGCAACGCGUGCGGCGCCGCACCCGGCACCUCGGCGUCGACUCCCGGUGGGCCCGCCGUCAUUCCGGCGCCUCUCACAACACCGCUAGUGGCGCUUCUCUCCCCGUGGGAGAAGAAUUUUCUCUACAUGGACGUGCUUGGCGCACCCGAGGAGGUGCUCGCUGCAGCGGCCGCCAUCUUAGACGUCUAUCCGGACUUCGAUUACGUCUCUCCGAGCAUGCCCCUGGGAGACGCAAAGGUGAAGGCGGCUCUCAUGACCCCGCCGCCACCACCGGAGGGGGUCCAGACGCUUAUGGAAGUCAUGGCUGCGGCGAAGCAGCUUCAGAUUGAUCCUCUGCACGCCCUCUGUGCCGGGUGGUUGGCGGACUUCGUGAUUCGUGUUUCGUACGGUGCAGCGGACAACUUCGAGGCGGCGCACCUUAUUCGGCAAUGUCUACGCGUGCCGAGUGACUGGAGCCGGCGGGAGACGGACUGCCUGAAAAUCGAGAAUGAGUGGCCGACGAACGAGGAGGCGGAGUAG